AUGGCUGACAGCUCCGACUUUGUGAGUCGCUUCCAGGCGCUGUACAAGGCCAACGCCGUCUCGAGCGUGUCGACGCUGUCCCAUCCCAAGGUACUCGCGCAGCUCACACCCUUUAUGCUCAAAUGGGACAGCCUUCCGACGCUAUUGCAGCAAGCAAUGCUCUGGGACCUCGGCCUCGUCAUCGCCACCGUCAACGGCGCCGAGAAGCUCGUGCAAGUCUACCCGCUUUGUUCGGCGUCGAUGGACAACCUCUUCUUUCCGCCGGCGGCGUUUCUCUCGCUGGAAGGCACAUCGCCACAGAUCUGUCCGUCCGCUGCGUACACCAACUACACGCGACAGUACGUUGCGUCGGGCCCGGGCCUCAUGCCCGCGAUCCGCUGUGCGAUCGACGCGUCCGGCGUCCCCGACGGCCAAUCGGCCAUGUACGCCCAAGAUGCACUUGGCGCGAGCGACGUGCCCGAGCCCCGCUCGUGGGUCAUCCUCGCGAUCCACUCGCUCCCGAAAGCCUAUGGACGCGAAGCGGCGUGGGGCAACUGCCCGGACGAAGCCCAGAAGCAGCGCAGCGCGCUUACGAUUCCUUGCGUCGUGUACAGCAGUCGAACAGCGUCCUUUUGCGAACCAAGAGCGCUCUCGCCCGCCAUGACGUCGUGGCUCAAAGCGUACGCCAACCCGACCUCGGCGACCGCGCAUAUCAUUCCUGACCCGUCGCCCGCACGCCCGGCGUCCGUGACGACGACCGAGGACAGGUCGUCGGCCGUGCUCAUUGGCGCGAUUGCCGGAGUCGUCGGUGGUCUCAUCCUCGCCAUCUUGCUGAUCCUGGUCUACCGCCGUCGCACGCGCCGCAGCGAGAUUCAGUUCGAGCCGUUCGAGCCGCCGCCGAUCUCGUACGCAACGACCCGCGGCGACACGAUCGAGUUAAUGCCGCACAACUACCGCGCGCUGGAGACGCCUCGGAGCAUCCUCUGUGUCGCCUGGAGUACGCACACGGUGCUCGACGACGCGUCAGCGCUGCGCGUCGACAUGACGGGCUUCGUCGCGACAACCCAGCUCUCGACGUCUGUGGUGGCCGGCACCCUGCACCACCAAUCGGUGGUUGUCAAGUACGCUGAGAACGACGUCAAUCUGGAUGCCUUUGUUCAAACUAUCUCGCUGCAGAGCACGUUGAAGCACCGCAACAUUGUGGCGUUUCUCGGUUUUGGCUACGACCCGAACGACAAGGGUAGUCUCUGUGUCGUCGCCGAGUGCCUUCCGUUCGGGACCCUUGAAGCGUUCUUGCGGGACCAAAUGGGCUGGUUCUGGGAGGCCAAGAUGAGCGUCGCCUUGGACGUCGCCCAGGGACUGCACUACCUCCACGACCGCAGCGUGUUGGCACCGCGCCUCCGGAGCCGCCAUAUCCUGCUCAUGUCGCACGAACACGCCAAGCUCGCGAAUUUCAGACUCACGAACCACGUCGCCAAGCCCGACGUGACGUAUUGGACCGCGCCAGAGGUCGUCCGCGGCGAGGCCUAUUCGUCGGCGGCCGAUAUGUACGCGCUGGGUUGCGUCUUUGCCGAACUCGAUACGCACAGACGACCGUACGCCGAUGUGCCGCUGCCGGCCGCAACAAUUGCCUCUCGCGUCGUCACCACAGGCCUGCGACCGUCCUUCACGGGGCACUGCCCCGUUGACAUUCGCAAGCUCGCAGACGAGUGCCUUCUGUCCGAGCCUGACGAGCGCCCCACUGCGUCCGAGGUCGCCGCUGAGCUCACCAAGAUUCUGCGCUACCACCGCGGCUCGGGCUGCGUGUUGAUGCAGCCAUAA